UUAUUAAAACACUUUUUGUAAAAUUAAAUCCGGGAACACAAAUGGGCUCCAAGGUUUGACUUUUGACUUUGUGUGGUGUCCUCCUCCUUUGCGUGACAAAAACAACAGGCAACAGCUGCACUGUUGCAGAUUACAAAGGAAAAAAGAAAAGCAAAGAAUUUCCCUCAAAUUAAUUUUCAUCAGCUUCCUCAAGAAUUUUCCCCCUUUUCGAUCGAUUUUUCUGUAUAUAAUUAUAGGCUAUUCAGUAAAAUAAUUCAUUAAUUAAAGCCCUAAUCCCCAAACCCAGCUUCCUCGACGUUCUUUCUCUGUUCGUUCCUUAACACCUGAGUUUCUCUCGAUCACACCUUUGCUUGUUGUGCAAUAUCUAGAGUUAGCCGCUGCUGUGUUCAUUAGUUUUUGAAAGUUGAUUCUGUCUACGCCGAAGUUGCUUCAUUGUUGAUUUUUCCUUUUUCGAGGAGUGAAGUGUUGUUCGAGAAGAGUAUAUCAACGUAUACAUCACACACAUGCAUUAGACCAUAUGAAGAUUCUGUGUAACUGAUAGAAAAUCUUGUAGAUGCAUCCCUCAAUUGGAAUCGAAAGAUGGGACGUAGACAGGUGAUUUGAUUUUUAGUAUGGCAAAUCUCGAGCAAAACCAGGAGUAUGAAUGGAUUGAGAGAGUAAAAUCAGAAGGAGUCGUUCCGUUUCUUGAGCCAAAUCAUUGCCAAAAGGGUUGGGCUUCUCCACCUGGAGAUGGUUUCUUGGUAAGAGGACCAGAGUAUCUAAAGACAAAAGCAAAGAUCCCAGGUGGCAAUUAUCUUCUGAAGCCACUAGGUUUUGACUGGAUUAAAGGACCAACGAAGGUCUCAGAACUCUUAAAUAACCCUAAAAACCGUGUUAGGCGAGCACUCGAAAAUGAAUCCGCAGACGGUGGUCAUAAGCCUUUUGUUUGGGCUUUCAAUUUACAAGUCCCGAGUAAAGACAACUACAGUGCCGUUGCAUAUUUCGUUGCCACCGAACCUAUCAAGGAAGAUUCUUUGAUGAGCCAAUUCUUAAAGGGAGACGAUGCCUUCAAGAAUUCAAGAUUGAAACUGAUUGCUAACAUUGUGAAAGGCCCUUGGAUUGUAAGAAAAGCAGUCGGCGAACAAGCUAUCUGCAUUAUAGGGCGUGCACUCAACUGCAAGUACUGUACAGGAGAGAACUUUAUGGAAGUUGAUAUAGAUAUUGGGUCUUCGGUCGUUGCAAAUGCGAUUGUCCAUCUGGCGUUUGGGUACUUAACAACGCUUACUGUUGACUUGGCUUUUGUUAUCGAGGGUCAAACUGAGUCAGAGCUGCCGGAAAGAAUCUUGGGAGCUGUGAGAUUCUCUGAGCUUGAUGCUGCUUCAGCCAGGCAAGUUGAAUUGCGCUCUGAAGGGAGCGCAGGAAAUUUACAGUCGUCUUUGCCGAAUAGAUUCUGGAAAUCGAUUGGGCAGGGGAUUUCACAACUUAUUCAUACAGGGCCUCAAGAAAGUGAUCCCAACUCAAGUGCAUCAAGUGCCAAUGGAGCUAACAAGCCAUAGGUAUUUAAUUACUCUUUAAACAUUCAACAAAAUCUGCACAGUUCUUGAUCUGUGUUGGGUUAUUUAUUACAUUUGUAAAUCUUCUCCAUUAUUUGCUGUUCUCGAGUGUCCUGAAAUGUCAGUGCUCGAAAUCAGUCUGUAUCUUGUUAUAUCCGGAUCUCGAUUAUGGUCGUUACCAUCAAAUUUGGUUGUUCACCCUUCUC